UACCUUGCGUGACCGAUGUUUUAACAACUGCAGCACAACGAAUUUUAAGACUAUCGAUACUAUCGACAGAGCUAUCGAUUGCUUGGCAGCUUUAGUGUGUGGUUCAUGGAGUAAAAAAAUUGCUGCCUAAAUAUGAUCGAAAUAAACAAAACUGCAAUUGGAAUUGCAGCGGGUCUGGCUGGCACAUUGUUUAUUGGUUAUUGCAUUUAUUUUGACAACAAACGCCGCAGCGAACCGGACUACAAAAAAAAAGUUCGCGAUCGCCGUCGGCGCAACCGUAAAGUUGGAUCUGCCAAGCAAGGAAUGCCAAAUUUGAAUGACCACGAGGCUAUAGAAAGAUAUUUCCUUCAGGAAAUUCAGCUAGGUGAAACCUUGAUAGCUCGUGGCGAUUUCGAAAGUGGCGUCGAGCAUUUAGCAAACGCAAUCGUUGUAUGUGGCCAGCCCGCACGCCUCCUGCAAGUGCUACAAUCUUCUUUACCGGCUCAAGUGUUUGCAAUGUUGAUUAUCAAAAUGCAAGAAUUCGGUAAUAGGGCCACAGAAUCCAGCGAUGGAUUGGUUUCAGGACCACGCUCGAGCCAAAAUGAGACCUCUUCAAAUAUUUUAGAAACUUCCGGAAAUGGAGCCAUUGAUGAUUUAGAAUAAUAUUUGAAAAUAAACAGAUGAGCCUGGCAUAUAUA